AACCCACUGCGCGGACCCGGCGGGCCUGGGGCGGGGUGAGGCGGGAGAGAGGCUAGCGCCUGGGAGCACGGAGAGCCGGGCGGGCCCCGAGCGCGCUGGAGACACCCGAGCGCCCCGCGCCCGGGCACCAUGCGACCCGCCGCGCCUCCCAGCCGGCCCCGGGCUUCGCUCUCCACUUGCUGAGGCCCCGCGCUCGGCACCACGGAAACUCCGAAAGACCAGCGAGACGUUGGAGAGCCGCGCGGAGACGGACCCAGACGUCCCCUCCACCCCAAGAGGCUGCCGGCCCCCAGUUCCUUGGGUUUGUCUAGCUUUGCCAUGAACCUGGAGCAAGCUUGGCUUUAGGAGAAAUUCAGAAGCCGAGGGGGAGUCAAGGCAAUUCUUUGGUUGCUAAGGGUGAGUGAAGAUACUCAGGAUGGCUCAGGGACCUGGGGAUCCAAAAGCAGUGGGGACUGCCGACCCAGAGGACAACUCUCCAAAUAUGAUAGUCUACCGCAAAAUUGAAGACAUCAUUGCAAAGAUGCAAGAUGACAAGACAGGGGGUGUGCCCAUCAGAACAGUCAAGAGCUUUCUCUCUAAGAUCCCCAGUGUUGUCACAGGUACUGACAUUGUGCAGUGGCUCAUGAAGAAUCUUUCCAUUGAGGACCCAGUUGAAGCAAUACAUGUGGGAAGCCUGAUAGCUGCCCAGGGCUACAUCUUCCCGAUCUCAGACCAUGUUCUCAGCGUGAAGGAUGAUGGCACCUUUUAUCGUUUCCAGGCCCCAUACUUUUGGCCUUCAAACUGCUGGGAGCCUGAAAAUACUGACUAUGCCAUCUAUCUCUGUAAGAGGACAAUGCAGAAUAAAGCAAGGCUGGAAUUGGCAGAUUAUGAAGCAGAAAACUUAGCAAGACUCCAGAGGGCCUUUGCAAGGAAGUGGGAAUUCAUCUUUAUGCAAGCAGAAGCACAAGUAAAGAUUGAUCGGAAAAAGGACAAGACAGAAAGGAAAAUUUUGGAUAGUCAAGAACGGGCUUUCUGGGAUGUCCACAGGCCAGUGCCAGGUUGUGUGAACACAACAGAAAUGGAUAUCAGAAAAUGUCGACGUUUGAAGAAUCCACAAAAGGUUAAAAAGUCAGUGUAUGGUGUUACUGAAGAUUCCCAGUCAAGCCCUUUGCACAUACCCAGUCAGCCAGUCAGGAAAACUACAAAGGAGGACAUCCGGAAGCAGAUAACAUUUUUGAAUGCACAGAUUGACAGACAUUGUUUAAAAAUGUCCAAAGUGGCUGAAAGCUUGAUUGCUUACACGGAACAGUAUGUGGAAUACGAUCCUUUGAUCACGUCAGCCGAGCCGUCUAAUCCCUGGAUCAGUGACGAUGUUGCUUUAUGGGACAUAGAGAUGAGCAAGGAGCCCAGCCAGCAGCGAGUGAAGAGAUGGGGCUUCUCCUUUGAUGAGAUACUGAAGGACCAGGUGGGGCGGGAUCAAUUCCUACGAUUCCUGGAGUCCGAAUUCAGUUCAGAAAACCUCAGGAGUACUUCUGCAGGACACCCAGAAAACAUUGCCAAUCAAGUAGCCAAGUGGAUAACCAGCCAAAACGUCAAAGAUGGAGGAAGAUACACAUUCGAAGAUGCCCAGGAGCACAUCUACAAGCUUAUGAAGAGUGACAGCUACGCCCGCUUCCUCCGGUCAAAUGCUUACCAGGACUUGCUGCUGGCCAAGAAGAAGCCAGAAAGUGAGCAAGGUCGUAGAACUUCCUUAGAAAAGUUCACUCGAAGUGUGUGCUGCUGGCGCAGAGUCAGAAUGGCCGCUGCAUUUCACCCCCGAGGUGGCUUCCUUCCAGCAGUGGGGAAAGUCGCUGGCGGGCAGGCGCCUCACCGGCCUGAUGCAGUCCUCCUGACGGUCCCCAGCCCAGGGCCUGGCCCCGAGGACCUUACGGGCAGGCGGCGGCGCUCCACCUCUGCAGACAGACUUUCCCUACGGGGAGAUUUGGUCACUGUGAAAGAAAAAGAGUGAGGGUGACGAAGGUCAUUGGCGGGGAGACACAGUGGGCAAUCAGAACGGGGACACCAGAGGGUGUCCACAAGGCCUGGGGUCGGGCCCCCCGAGGCCCCCCCGUUUACAGCCCACUCUUCCUGUACAGUUGUGCUCCGACACCCUGGUCUCUGAGACACCUUGUCCCUAACUCAGUCAGAGGAGGGCACCUCGGAGCCCCUGUUGUGACAAUCACUGGAGCGUCUACUCUUAUUGUCAUCACUCCUCCCCCUUCUGGGGGAUCAUGCCUUCCAGCAAACUCAAGCCGGACCAAAUUGGCCCUGAGCACACCCAGUAUUAAGCCCCUCCCCACGGCCUCCCUGGUGCACCCCCCUGAGUUGCAGCCACUGUGUCCUGAGCGCCUCCUGCCUCCUCCCCUCUCUGUGGACGCCCCUUGUAAGGCUGGUGUCAAGCUUCACCCUCCUGUCCCGUCCCGUCGUUGGCCCUGAGCGUCCUUGUGGAUGGCUGCCUCUCGCAUCUUUCCACCCUCCUUUGAGACCAGCUCUCGAAGAGGUCUCAGCGGGCAUGGUGGCUGCUGCCCUCUGGUCCUGUCAAAUCUCUUAAGGGUCCAACACUAGAUGACACUCACCCCAUGGAUGAAAGAGCUUGCUGUCCCACAGCCGUGGGCGUGCUGAUGACCAACUUUUAAACAUCUUAUUAUUUUGCAAAUUACCCUGUUUGUGUCCCUUGCUCCUUGGUUUGUUCCCUCAUGUUUUACUCAAAAUAAACAUGGCCAUGAACUUGGGGGCCAUUCCACUCCACAGCCCAGGUUGGAAGCUGGGCGGGUUCCCGGCCAGGGGAGGCUGGGCGGGGCGGCUGGCAGCCCCAGCUCUCACUCAGCAUCCCGGUGCGAGGCCUGUCUGAAACAGAAUCUGCCAUGGAGAGGCCAGGCCGGGACCAAACGGGUCAUCCCAGCCCACGGGGCCGGGCAUCGAGGGGGAAAGCUGACUCUGAAAACAAUCUUACAAAAGACCCAUUUGUAUUCCCUUCGUGUGUGUGUCAAAUGGCUCUCCGCCAACCCAGCUGUGAGGUAACAUAUGUAAAGCACCGAACCAGGUGCUUGACGCACAGUAGGUGCUUAGCAAAUGGUAGCUAUUACUCUCCUCAUGGUCACUGUCCUCCUUGUGACUUCCAGGAGGCUUCGGACAGCCCGGUAUUAAGUGACAUGUUUUUGAAUCCAGACACUCACUCCCCCACCUGCUGUGACUCCUCCUUGGACCUAUUUUUGGCCAUAGGUGGAAACUCUCCCUCAGGAGCACAUACACAGAGAAGCCCAGAUGGGAUCACUGGCCUGUCUUUACUCAUGUAGGCAAAUUCCCCAGCUGGUGAUCAAAGGCGCAUAAGCUUGUUUGCAGACCCCACCUCCUGGGGGGUCCCCUGAGAUGGUCUUUCCAUCCCCCACCUGCACUCCCGGGCACCCAUCUGUUUCUGGAGGGGCCUGUCCCCAUGGCACCAGCCUUCCCUGACUCCCAGGGGAGCCACCAUGGGCGUUACCAGGCCCGAUUAGCGUCGCCCCUCGUGGCCCCUUGCCCGCCACCCUCAGCUUCCCCCAUGGGCAGGAGCUGCCCUCUCAGUGAGGUGCAGAGGACAUUAGAGAGAUGACAUAUGUUGAGUCCUCAGAGGACUCCAAAAGUGGCAAUACAGACCCAGAUUCUUCUCGGAGCCUCCCACACCCUCGAGCCACACGACCUCACACAGCCUGGCGCUUGGCAGACGCCCGGGAACUAGACGAUGACUCACCGAGAGAAAGGAAGCCCAGGCCUGCGUUACAGGGCCUGCUGGCUCGUCCUCCUUGUCCUACCCUUUGUUGUUGCUGUUGUUGUUUUCAGUCCUCUUGCACUUUACUCAGACCUCCAGUCUCAGAACCAAGUUGAAGUCCAAAUUCUUUGCCCAUAGGAAGCUCGGUCCUGCCUCAGCCCCCCAGGUUAUGCUGGCACAGAGGCACAGGGUACAUGGGCAAAGGGUUUUUCAGGCCAGCAAGCACGUAGGUGCCCUCACUGCACAGGGCCAGUGGCUGCUUCCUGCCCUUCCCAACCCUUUCAGGGGCUGCAGGCAGAGCGGGGGCGGCUCCUCUACCCACUGAAUAAUGCUGACCUGAAACCUGGCCUCAUCCUGGGGCCCCCCAGGGGGCCAGCCAGAGCCAGGUGGACUGUGGCCAUGAGAUGGAGCAGGUUGGAGGCUUCCAGACACCUCUGGGCAUAUCAGAAGGGGAGUCAGGCCAACAAGCUCAAUAGAGGUAAGGGCAUUUCAGAUGCUUUCAAACCCAGAGCAAUAUACCCCCACCCCACCUCCCAAGGAGACAAGCUCAGUACUGUGACCACCGCCGUGUGCUCCUCAGUAGAUUUUACCAAGCUGUGGGGGUGUCACAGGGUUGCUCUGCCCAAGUUGGCCAGUCCAGUGUCAGUCUACUAAGCAGACCUUAGCCUGCAGCAUGCUUAGAAAACCUGGUCUUAUCUGGCCCCCAUUGGCCUGGUCCAUAGAGCCAAAGGAUAAGACCAGUUUACAUGUGUAAAGGCAGUUCUGCAGCAAGACAGAUGAAGUGUUUCUGCCCUGACUGGGCCUGAUCCCUGGAAUUCUUCUGAUGCAGACUUAUAAGAAGAAGUCGUGUUGGCCAAAGAAUCAGGGCAGCCUUGGAAAUGACCACCUACCCAUCAGAUCAGACACACAGGUCCCAGACAAUGAGCAUCUGACUAAAAUAGCCUUUGCCUACAUGGGAAAAGUAACACUUGAAAGUUGGCCCCUGCAAAUGUCCAGCAGCAGCCACAGGCCUGACUAAAACAGCAGGAAUUUGGGGCUGCAAAAAAGGCUCCUGUCCUUCCAGAAAGUAAGGUUGUGUUCUGCUAAGAAGGUGCCCAGCAGGGCCCCAGACCCCAAUGCAACCAGAUGGGCUGUUCUCCUUUCCGGCCCCAACAUAGAACAGCCCAGGGCCAGACCAGCCCCCUGAGGAAUCACUCAAAACUUGGAGAUGCUUCUAGAACCAGUGAACAUAGGGGACAAGUCCCAGUGGCUUUUCCACUGGCAGGAUUGCUGGUGUGUUCAAACUACCUCACCAAAGGACAUGAAGCAGGAGCUUGUCACCUGUCUGACCCUGGGCUGCUUGUGGAAAGUUGACGUUUUCCUAAAAUACACCCUCUUCCCAUUCAGCUCCCUAUUCAGGGACUGCGAAAAUCACGAUUAGGAAGCUCUCCCAGAAGCUAGACUGAAUUGGAGGUCGAUCUUUGGGCCUUAUAGAAUGUAUUGGAGGAAGGUGUUCCAGCAAGGUCCAGGAGCUGGAAAACCUGGUUGGGGUGGGCUGGUGGGCUGGGGGAGAGGGCAGUGUGCUCCCAGCCCCCAGAGGGGCUGGCUAAGCUGAGUAUGUAGCAAGGACCAUGUGUGGCCUGGUUGAAUAGUGGCCAAAUGAAUCCCUGAUAACUCACCACAGGACCCUCUGAAGAGAGGUCUGUGCUUGCGUAACCACGGCAACGGCAGACGCCAGCAGCCUACUCAUUAGUACCACCCAGUGAUAAGGCAUCCCCUGGGUACAACCCUGGGCCAUAACGUAGCAAAGUAGCAAAUGUAGCAAUAAGGGUCCAGGGCUGUAAAGGGACAGGGUCGAAAUGGCCCCCGCCUCAGCCCUGGCCCCAGCCCCAACAAGGGCCCCAGCCAACUGUCUGCUGUCCGGGGGUGGAGGCUGUGCUCCAGUCGAGGGCUCCUGUUCUAUUCUAUGCCCACUCACUGCAUGGUCACCGACACGUCAGAAUGGCCUUCUCAUAGUGCAUGUGGUUCUUAUUAGUUUAUUUUUCUGGAAUUUGGGGAUUGAACCCCAGAACCAAACAUGCUGACAAUAAAUGACUUGAACCCACUAUAA